UCGGAACCACAGUCACCCAUAUUUACAAUGGGACUUAUUGCCGACAUCCAGUAUGCUCCCAUUCCCGACGGAUACUCGUAUUCUGGUCAGGCGCGCUUUUACAAGCACGCUCUGGAAGUUGCGCGCCAGGCAGCGAUGCAUUUUGAAAAAGAAAAAGUCGAGCUUGUACUCAACUUAGGCGACAUUGUGGACGGCAAGUGCCAGGAGAUUGCCUUACACGGCGGUGAGCCUUUUACGGAAGAUAUUGAUCCGGGGAUGGAGUGUGUUGGACACGUGAUGGAUGCCCUAUCGAAGUAUCGAAGUGGACCCAUUCUACACGCGUAUGGGAAUCACUGUUUGUACAAUUUGGAUCGCCCCAGCCUGCAACGCAAACUAGGCAUUCCUUUUGUAAAGGAACCGUGUGGCGAUUUGGUAGGCUAUCGAUCACACGGACACAAGAAGAUACGCUUUGUUAUUCUGGACUCCUACGAUGUAGCUACUAUGCGCCGCUGUUCAGAAACAUCGCAAAAGUACCGACAAGCGGCGAACAUAUUGCGAAAGAACAACCCUAACUAUCCCGCCCACGAAAACUCUCCAGCGGGUUUAACCGGUGUGACAAAACGCUUCGUCGCUUUCAACGGGGGUGUCGGUAAGGUGCAGCUUGAGUGGUUACAGAGCACGCUCCAGCAAGCACGAGAGGCCAACGAAAAGGUGAUUGUGCUCAGCCAUCAGCCAAUCUUACCGGCAUCGACAAGCCCAGUAUGCCUGAUCUGGAACUAUCAGCAAGUCCUAUCCACCCUACGAAGAUACAAAGAUGUGGUAGUGGCCUCGUUUUCCGGACACGCCCACAAAGGUGGGUACGAUCGGGACCCCGUCAGCGGCAUUCACUUUCGGGUUUUUGAAGCGGCUUUGGAAAACGCGGACCCCGACAAAACGUACGCAUUUAUUGAUAUGUACGAAGAUCGCUUAAGCGUCCGUGGCAUUGGUAACUGCAAAUCAGCUAGUUAU